AUGGAUAGGAGGGAAGUGGAAGACUCUGGAGAUGGAGAUGAUGGGGAUGAGGAUGAGACCCCAAGGAAGGAAGAAGAAGCGGUUCCUACAGACCAGAGACCCCUCUUGAAUGCUCUCAAAUCCAUGGAGAGGAGAACCAUGGAUGGGAAACUAGAACUACCUAUUUUCAGUGGCAAGAUGGAUCCAAACUUGGUCAUGGAUUGGAUAGAGGCUUUAACUAGCUUCUUUGAAUGUGAAGACAUUCUUGAGCACCAAAGGGUAAAGAUGGCAAGGUCCAAGUUGAAGGGAGCAGCCUUGACUUGGUGUAAUUUGAUCCAGACAGAGAGGGUGAAGAAUGGAAAGAGUAUGAUCAGAUCAUGGAAUAGAAUGAUUGCUUUGAUCAAAGAGACCUAUGUGCUAGAGGACUAUGGAGUGCAACUUCAUAGAAGAAAACAAAAUCUCAAAAAAAAGGACAUGGAUGUAAGCACAUACACUGAAGAAUUCUUGAAAUUGUGUAUAAAGGCCAAGACCACAGAGAUAGAGGAAGAGAAGUUGGCGAGAUACAUCAAUGGUCUAAAAUUUUCUAUACAAGAUGAGUUAAAUCUACACACCCUAGGUAAUGUACACAAAUGCUACCAAAUGGAAUUGAAGGUAGAAGAGAAAUUCAAAAAGAAACAAGAUCAGAACAAUAGGGGCAGAGGUCCCUUUAGAGGAAGGGGAAACAAUGGCGGUUCCCAAGGAGACACCAACCAAGAGGACAGCAAGGGUGAAGGCAGCAACAGAGGAAGCUUCAGAGGUAGAAGACCAAACUACAGAGGUAGAUCACAAGGGAGAGGCCCCAUAAGGUGUUACAAUUGCAACCAAGAAGGUCACAUUGCCAAUAGGUGUCCAGAGAAGGCAAACAACAACACUAUGGGAGAAAGAAAGAGCAAUCUAAUCCAAAAAUCUGAUUAUCAAAGUGUGAACAACAGCAACACUUUUCAAAGUGUAAAUGCACCUGAUUCUUAUGGGUAUCCGGAAAGAGGUGAAGCUUUGAUGAUGAGGAGAGCACUCCUAAAGGUUCCUAUCACAAAAGAACCCCCACAAAGGAAGGCAAUCUUCAAGACAACUUGCAAAUCACGAGGUAAAGUCUGCAAAGUUAUGAUAGAUUCCAGUUCAAUUGAAAAUUUUGUGUCCAUGGAGAUGGUGGAGAAGCUUAAGCUUAAGAGGAUACCACAUCCUUAUCCAUAUAAGGUGUCAUGGCUCACCCAAGGGCAACAAGCUCUUGUGGAAGAACAAGCAUGGGCACAACAUGAUGGCUUUAGAAACACCUAUUCUAUCACCAAGGAUGGGAAGAUCAUAGAGUUGCUACCUUUGAUGGAGGAUGAAGAAGAGCCUAAGGGGAAAGAGGCUAAGGUGAUGCUGAUGGAGAGAAAGGAGUUCAUGAAGGAGGUGAGAGAGGAAGGAGGAUUAUGUUUUGCAUUGAUACCUGUUCCUAAGAAGGAGGCUGCAGAUGUAGGAGUAGCAGAUCAACAAGGGAGACCUAGGAUGGUUCCUUAUGAAGUGCAAGAGCUUCUUGACAAGUAUAAGGGUGUGAUUUCAAAGGGUAUGCCUAAGACCCUCCCUCCUAUUAGAGAAAUCAGUCAUUGUAUUGACUUUAUACCAGGAGCAACAUUGCCCAACAAGGCUGCAUACAAACUGACCCCACAACAAAAUGAAGAGGUGGCCACGCAGAUUGCUGAUCUACUUAAUGCAGCUAUACGUAAUGAUGAUUUGGAGCAGCAGGCUGAUGCAAAUUUUCCUAAGCAUGAACCACCUACCCUAGAGAAAGUGUUGGAUACUAAAGUUGUUAAGAAGACAAGGAACAAGGAGUAUACACAAUACUUGGUUAAAUGGAAAGGCAAACCUAAUAAUGAGGCUGUGUGGAUGGAUGAAAAGAAAAUUGAGGCCCAUGACACCACCUUGCAGCAGCUCAUCUCAAGUGGACUUGAGAUUUCUUGCCCCCAAGAGUAUGAUGCAGGGGCAUCUUCAAAUCCAACACAAAGUUCUCUUGAGGAGACAAAUAACUAA